AUGAUGUAGAUGCAUGUUCCAUUUUGUCUCUCGUUAGGCUCUGUCAUUCUUUCCACCUUAUGGAACUUCACUGUAGAGUACAUCUGCUCUCCGGCGUGUUUACGUCGGACAAGUCUCGGGAACUCCGCUUUUCCGAGUUGCCGUCACAUCCACCGUCCAACCCCGAAAGAGAUUCAAGAUCCGCACCGUGCCGAGGGACCCGAAGAUCAGCGCGCUGAAUCCUACCUUAUUUUGAACGGCUCGAUAUAUAAUGUAAAGGUCGUUCUGACUUUCUCCUGCAACUUGAGACCUCUGCACCUGUCGUGGUUUGAAAGCCUCUUGGUGAGAGUGGCCUGAAAGAUUUCGCCAUUCGAUGGUCUGACGUUCGCGGGGAUCCUCUGAUGUCAUUCAUUUUUGGACGUCGCCGGUCGCAAUCAGACGCGGCCACUGACCACGCUGAUGUCGACCUCAGAAAAUCGAGUCGAGAGUGUCCUUCACCAUCGGGCACUCAUCGGGGUGAGGCGACCGAUGUGGGAAUCCUUCAUGGCUUAUUUCGCAAGCGCAGCGAUAGCGCGGUGUCAUUAGAUUCGACCAAGGAUGCCGAGAAACAGAGUCGAGCUAAAGGACUGCGACAAGAUACCAAGGGCAUUCCAGUACGGGAAAAAGGUCGCGAUGCGAAACGGCGAGGAUCUAGAGGCUCUACUUCCAGUACUUCAUCUGGAGGAGGAAACCCCGAGCCCCCUUCUGCAACGGUAAACUGCGAACCCAAACAGCCGGGGAACAUUCAAGACUACCUGGACUAUCGACUCGAGAAGGCAGGUCUGCCGGACGAUAGUACUGAUCCGAAGGUCUCCUCGGAGCAUGGAUCGGUUUUAGCGAAGAAAGAUGUCAAGGCACUUUUUUCUGGGGCACCUCAUUUCAUGCUGGAGCGAGGCAAGCAUGGUCGCUGGUACCCACAAGUCAUCUUUCCCUGGGAUGACCAGAAUCCUUCCAUCCAACGCAUGUUAGAUCGCAAGCCCCUCGCUCAUGCAUCGUUUACAUUGUGUACGUUGCAUGCUCAUCUACCAGUUCCCGACGACUGGGCUGUGAAAGGUGGAGUUCCUAUCCCUCUGCAAGACUGGCGUCGGACGGGGGCUUUUAAAAGAGCUGCCUUCGACGUUGGAGUCUUUGAAGUUCCGAACAUGUUGGGAAACAAUGGCAAGGAGCCAGGCACGAUCGGGUUUCGCAAUUUCCUGGAGCUUUCGAACGCAGACAUCCUAAGAUACACCGGGCCCGAAGCACCCAGAGAGUCCUUUAAUAUGCAACGGGUCUCGUCACUUCCUGCUAUCGAAGCGUUUGAGCUAAUGGAUCAGUAUAACAAAGCAUAUUCUCAGUGUCUUAGUGGCGCCAUAUUCGACCGGCGCAAGCUCAUCAAGGAUGGCCCAGCUGGAUGGAAGCGCAUUGGCGUACGAGAUGUCAAUCUCAGAUACCUCGUCCAGCGACUCGACCAAUUACGACAGUUGCGCCUCGAUAUACUCCGGCAAGGGUCAACUAUCACUAUUCUGGAUGUUGAGUCACCGCACGAACUACAUAAUAUUCUGCAUACACACUUCCUCCAUCCUCACCCACCUCCCGCAGAUGUGCUGCCAGGUCAUCCGCAAAGCCUGAAAUCCCAGAUAAAAACAUUAGCAACGGUCCUAGCAACCCCGGGGGCCUGGAUUGAUUUCAGCCUGCCAGAGUGGCGAUUCCGCGCCGGUCAAAUUCUAUGGGAGACUCCUCCCCAUGGAGAUGGAGAUUGCGUGGAGUGUAAUGAGUGCUCUUCAGGGACACCCAAACAACCUUGGGUUAAUUCUGGAAUGGAGCGAAAGUGGCUCCUAAUUCAGAUUCUCCUGGCUGCAGAGCUUCUGUUCCGUCUCGAUGCUUUCCUUCGCGUAAGUAUGUUGCAUGAUCCGCACGGAGGCAUGGUCACGGCGCAGGAGCUCCAUCAUUUCGAUCAACUUCGAGAGGGAAAAGUGAACUGGGAUCUCAUCUUUGUGCGCCGCUUCCUUGACAAUCUCGAUAUCACUUGCGAUUCGGCUCCAUCCUCGCCGGCCGGAGGUGGUAGCUCGUCAUCGUCAUUAAUUGAAAAACGACCUACGAAACCUCGUCGCUUUGCUCUUCUCGAUUCCAUCACUCGCCGCAUUUCGUCUACGCAGGAAGCCGACGUGCGGUCUGCUUGGGAUUGUCAUAUCAGUUCCCCGUAUGUACGGCAACAGCUUGAGGGCUUGUAUGUCUUUGCGGAGAACAUUGGUUGGCCGAAAGUCGGCGCUCUCAGAUCCCACUUUGAACAGUUAUGUCAAAGUGGAAAGGACUUGUUCACUCCUGUGGUGAAUGCGGAUGACCCAUUCGGCCACGGGACAAAAGCUGAAGAACCUAGCAAGACUGCCCCUGUGAAAAACGAUAUGUACACCCGCAAUUGGUGGCGUCGCUGCGUCAAGCUGCGAAGUUUGUCUAGCGAAGACAAGGACCCGCAUGGAGCUGAGGUCCUUGGCUGGAUCUCUCGAAGCUGGCUCUCAGGUCUCGUUAUUCCUGGCGAGGCAAUUUGCCAUCUUCUGAUUGGGACGCUACUAGAAAAUGACGCCGAUGCGAUUGAACAACUUGGGCCCACAGUAAAUCUCUAUGGCGGUUUUGUCUACGAUGGUCGCAGCUACUGGAGCAAGGCUAGUAUUGUGGGACGUGUUCUAUCUAGCCUAGAUGAAGCCAAGACUUGUAUGGGCUGGGUGGGCAGCGAUAUGCUUCCUCGUGACGAGACGACCUUUGAGCCACUGUACGACGGUUGGCUCGAAGUCCCCAUGCAAAAAGCCCUCCGCGGCCCUGGAAAGGCGCGUAUCAAGCAGGGUGGGAAAUUGGCAAUGGAGUCGACGCCGCUCGGAAUGGGAGAUAUUACCGCAGAUACAUUUACGUUGCCGGUCGAUCGACUUGCAUCUGCGUCUACGCUGGAGGUGAAACUGAUCCAGUUGACCUUGUCGGUUCGCUCCCAAUGCAAGCGAGGCAUUACGGUCAGCGAGCAGGCGGCGUUAUCCUUCUCUCUUCAGAGGGCAGACGCGCCAUCCCCGACUACGGCCUCGUUCCUGCUGAGUUACAACGUGCGCUUCGUUUCCGCCCAUGAGUGUCGGCGACCACGAGGGGUUGCUGCCCGCCAUAGGGACUGUUUAGGCCCUGGUGACAAGCAGCAGCAGCAGCAGCAGCAGCAGCAGGAGGAGGAGGAGGCGGCGGCGACACCUCACUGGGACCAGUUCAAGCCUCUUCCCGGUCAUCCGCUACACCGGUCAUUCCGAUACCAACAUGUUUCCCUCGACGCUCUCCCACAGUACCCCGCACCAGCCCCCACGCUCGAUGGAAACCCGGAGAUUCUAGUUAUCGAUGCGCGCGGAUCUCGAGUGAAGGAGACAUUUGCACGGGCAUGGUGCGCCUCCGUUGGCUGCCAUGCUCUGAUCGGUCGCAAGGGGAGGACGUGCGUGGCAUGUUGUGUGCGGGAAGCGAGGGCAAUCGAUGUACCGGUGGUGGUGCGAGUGGGCGACUGAGCUGGUCGAGGAGAACCGAGCAUCUGCGACCUUUGAUCUGCAAUCGGUGGAGCUUGGUAAGUGUUUUGAGGGCAGCUGCAUACCGUCAUCUCGGGUCUAUCGAGGCCAAUAGAGGGGGUUCUCUGACAGUCAUGAGUGAUGAUCAAUUCCCCAUCUCGUGUGCAUUUUCCGCGGUGGCAAACACAUUGCCCGGGGCUGAGGAGCAUGAGCAGCAGCAGCAGCAAUUGAGGCUGUGGGGUUCACGAUAUGCGCGAAUUCGAACAGGGCCCCGCACUCUGGCUUUUUAGUAAUGUAUAAAAAAAUAGUAUGGUAUAGGAUUUGAAAUGAUAGGAAAGGGGGGAUAUCUUCAAACUCGCUGUGUACUGUCCAUGUAGUGUCGAAAGGGACACGCCUCGCUGAGGGCAUGCGAGUACUGUGAUGUCGUACUUUGUCUUGAAGCGAAGCUGCUAUCAUCAGCCUCAAUCUCCACCGCCCAGCGCGUUCUCUCGAAGGAAUUGAUGAUAGCUGACUUCAUUCGUCAGGUGAGCAACCCUGCAUCAGCCAUAGUACCACAUUCAGCGGGGUCAUGCCCCUUUUGAGGAAAUGCAAUGGCGUUUUUGCGGCCUUUUGAUUUAUCUAUUUUUUUUUUAUUUCGUUCUACUAUCGCGGGCCCCCUGGCCUGCGUAGUAGUGACAUGGGAAAGCAGACGUUAGUGAAUAUUGUAC